CACUCUGCUCACCUGAUCUCACUUCCUGUUCAUCUUCGUUGGUGGCUGCGCCUGACAACUGUUGCCAUGGGUGAAAUGGCGCAACUUCGGAAGGAGGUGGAGAACCUCAAGAACCAGAUCUCUGCAGCACGUAAAUCAGUGCAGGACACCACGCUGCAGGAUAGCGUCUCAGGCACAGCAGCAGUGGGAAAGGUUCAGCUCAAAUCCAGAAAGACACUGAGAGGACAUCUGGCCAAGAUCUACGCCAUGCAAUGGGCCACAGAUUCAAAACUCUGUGUGAGCGCAUCUCAGGAUGGCAAACUGAUUGUGUGGGACACCUACAGCACCAACAAGGUGAAUGCCAUCCCGCUGAAGUCUUCAUGGGUGAUGACGUGUGCGUACGCCCCCUCAGGAAACCUGGUGGCAUGUGGUGGCUUGGAUAACAUGUGCUCUAUCUACAAUCUAAUGCCAAAAGACGGUCAUAUUAAGGUCAUGCGUGAGCUGGCUGCACAUACAGGCUAUUUGUCUUGCUGUCGCUUCCUGAGUGACACCGAGAUCAUCACAUGUUCUGGAGACUGUACCUGCUGUCUCUGGGACAUCGAGACUGGGGAACAGAAGACGAUUUUUUCUGGCCACAUUGGUGACUGCAUGUCACUGGCUCUGUCUCCAGAUUUUAAAUGUUUUAUUUCAGGAUCAUGCGACUACACAGCCAAACUGUGGGACGUACGAGAUGGCCAGUGCAAACAGACAUUCUAUGGCCAUGAGAGUGACAUAAAUGCUAUUGGGUUCUUCCCCAAUGGUAAUGCAGUGAUCACUGGCUCAGACGACUCAUCCUGCAGGCUGUAUGAUCUCCGCGGUGAUCAGGAACUGACCACUUACCAGGACUCGAGCCUCAUGAGCGGAGUCACCUCCCUCGCACCCUCACUUUCUGGACGCCUCCUCCUGGUUGGCUACGACGACUUUACCUGCAACAUCUGGGACAUGCUGAAGGCUGAGAGAGUGGGAACACUGUCAGGCCACGAUAACCGAGUGAGCUGCCUCGGGGUGACGGCGGACGGAAUGGCCUGCUGCACAGGAUCCUGGGAUAGCUUCCUGAAGAUCUGGAACUGAAACACCUUCUGAACGAACAUCUAAAGAAGAGAAGAAAAACAUGAUUCAGGGAAACACCCGAGUGGGUUUAAAAUUGGGUAUGUGGGCAGAGAGAGAGAGAGAGAGAGAGAGAGAGGUGUUUGCGUUUGAGACAAUUAUCUCAUAUAUAGGCACAUUUUUUUUUCUUAAAGAAAUUAUGCAAUAAACUACACAAAUGACAAGAGAUAUAUAGGAUUGUUCAAAUCUUACUGAGUAACUGCAGGAAGCACUUUUCAGGUAAUUUUGAAAGAAAACCAGUUAGAGGAACGUAGGUAAAGUAGUGUUGGUUACUCUUAAAUACUAUUACUAGUGCAUAGUACUUUAAGAAUGAACUGAAACAUACCCACCAGAACAGAACGAGUGAUACGGUUCAGGUGUAAAUAAUGCAAACUGCUGCAGGAGCUGCCAAAAUACAUUUGGCAUGCAUAUUUUUAAAACCAAGCUAUAACUCUAUUGCUUUAUAGAUUCAUAAUGAUCUAUAAGUUUGGAAAAUAUUGUUCAAUAUUAGAUUUUAGAUAUCUGUGUUUACAUUAUUUGAGGUAUGUAAUAUUGGCUACAUUUGAUUAAUUUGGCAUUAUUCUUAUAUAACUUAUAUAUUGCCUAUUAUAUACAUAACACUUUGUAGCAUUAUUUCACUAUCCUUGGUUUUUCCACUAUAUGCCAACAAUAAAGAAAGCU